AUCCAUGUGGUUCGUUGUUUCCUCCAACCACCACCUACGUUAAUCACUCUUCAUCCAUCUUUGUCAAACUAAAAAAUCCAAACCUUGUUUUUGGUUUUUUUUCUUCUUAAUUUUUAGUUACUCUAAUAAAUAAACACCGCUAUCUAACUUUCAUUGUUACUGUUUGAUUAUAUUUUAUAUAUUUCCACUUUUUCUUCCACCAACGUUUCAAACAUCAAAACAAUGGCGUCUGACCCUGAACAACCCCCACUUUCCUCUUUCUCACAGGAACGGAAGUUAUCCGCGGAGGUUACAACUGAAAGGGAGCCUCUGCUUAAUGGGUUUCAUGCCUCUGAAAACUAUUCCAUCUCUGCAGCAAUUCUCCCAUUUCUCUUCCCAGCUUUUGGUGGUCUACUAUUUGGCUACGACAUUGGUGCCACAUCUAGUGCAACAGUCUCCAUCCAGUCACCAUCACAAAGUGGAAUAUCUUGGUAUAACUUAGACUCGGUUCAAAUUGGACUUCUUACUAGUGGAUCAUUAUAUGGUGCCUUAAUAGGCUCUGUGUUGGCCUUCAAUAUUGCCGACUUCCUAGGGAGAAGAAGAGAGCUAUUUGUAGCUGCACUGAUGUAUCUUGUUGGAGCCCUCAUAACAGCAUUAGCUCCUAAUUUUCUUGUAUUGGUGGUUGGGAGAUUGGUAUUUGGAAUAGGAAUUGGAUUGGCCAUGCAUGCUGCUCCAAUGUACAUUGCAGAGACAGCUCCAACGCCAAUACGUGGACAACUAGUCUCUCUGAAAGAAUUCUUUAUAGUGAUUGGGAUCGUGGCAGGGUAUGGACUAGGUAGCUUGUGGGUAGACACUGUUGGUGGAUGGCGGUAUAUGUAUGGAAUUAGUAGCCCCGUUGCAGUAAUUAUGGGAUUUGGAAUGUGGUGGCUCCCAGCUUCUCCUAGAUGGCUACUUUUGCGCGCUAUACAGCAAAAAGGGGAUGUUCAGAAUUUGAAAGACACGGCAAUUCGUAGUUUGUGCCAGCUUCAAGGUCGGACAUUUCAUGAUUCUGCGCCUCAGCAAGUAGACGAGAUAAUGGCCGAGCUUUCUCAUAUAGGUGUAGAAAAUGAGGUUACCUUUAUAGAAAUAUUCCGUGGAAAAUGCAAGAAGGCCCUUGUGAUUAGUGCAGGAUUGGUCUUGUUUCAACAGAUCACAGGGCAACCAAGUGUUCUCUACUACGCCGCAUCAAUCCUUCAGAGUGCAGGGUUCUCCUUAGCAUCUGAUGCUACCCGGGUCUCUAUUCUCCUUGGUGUAUUUAAGUUGAUUAUGACCGGAGUGGCUGUUGUCGUUGUUGAUAAACUUGGAAGGAGACCUUUACUUCUCGGAGGAGUUUCCGGAAUAGUUAUCUCCUUAUUCUUACUCGGCUCAUAUUACAUAUUCUUGGAUAAUGCGGCAGUUCUUGCUGUAGUUGGUCUGCUGCUCUAUGUUGGUUGUUAUCAGAUUUCCUUUGGUCCAAUGGGUUGGCUUAUGAUAUCAGAGAUUUUUCCCUUGCGCACAAGAGGCCGGGGACUCAGUAUAGCAGUUCUUGUCAAUUUUGCGGCAAACGCCCUAGUUACAUUCGCCUUUUCCCCACUGAAGGAUUUACUGGGAGCAGGAAUUUUGUUUUACAUAUUUUGCGGAAUAGCGGUGGCGUCACUUGUAUUCAUCUACUUCAUUGUACCAGAAACCAAGGGGCUUACACUAGAGGAAAUUGAGUCAAAAUGUCUGUAAUCACUUACCUUGUUUGUUACAUCUAAAUUUUUGCAUAUACUUGUCUUAUGCAACUUGUAUUUAUCCUGAGUUGUGAACUGAGGUAUGAACACUGGUCAAACAGUGUUCUCACCAGGAAUCAAACUUGGUAUUCUCCGAGUGUCGUCCUUUGCAUGAGCUCCUUUACCACUGGAGCCCAGCCCAAGUGCUUGGUUGAAUCCAAUGUAUUUGUCAUGCAUAGAUUAUAUGCAAUAAGGUUCACUACAUUCUUGUUAUCAAUUAAAAUUUCCAUUGAAUGUAUGUCACAUCUACCAAAGUCACUGCAACUACCAACAACAAA